AUGGAGAACAUCCCAGACGAAGAGCCGGCCGAAUACUUGGAGCCAGUGGAAGAGGAGAUUGUAGAAAAUGUAAUUGAAGAGGAAGAAGUGCACGAAGAAGACGUGAUUCAUGAUGAUGAGAUGAUACAGGUUGAACACGAAGAAGUUCUCGAAGAAAUUGUUGAAGAAGAUGGCCUAAUGUAUGAUACGGAUGGUAGAGUCGUUGAAUAUGAAGAUAUGGUGAUGUAUGAAGACGAAACAGAAGUGAUUGAAGAAUAUGUGGAAGUUGAAGAUCUUGGAAAUGGUCGUUUCGCGUAUGUAAUGACUGAUGAACAUGGAAAUCGACGUCUUUUGAAACCAGAGGAGGUUGAAGCUGUUAAGAAGACCGGAGUGAUGCAUGAAGUGCCUCCAACAAAAGCAAGUGGUAGUUCCGCUGGUUACCAGACUCACAAAAGAGGUCGAUUCCCUCCGAAACAGAAACCACGUUCGAAUGUCCGGAGCCACAUGUUCGUAGACAGAGCUGAGUACUUCCACGAGAAUUCCAAGCAGGAUAUCAAUGAUAUCACCAAAAUCGAUGUGGAGAAGUAUGUUCCAGCAGUAACUGUAAAUCGACGUCCGAUCCCUCCGAGCCCACAUUUCAAAGUAAAAGCCGCACGGAACAGAAAAAGUGCACCAUGGCAGGAGGAGUCUGGUCCCAGCACUUCAAUUUCAUCUCGCUCGACACCACCACCUUUGGCUAAAGAUGCAAUGUUUCAAAGUCAAGAUGAUGACGUUAUUGUUCGUUUCAAAUGCCCUGAAUGUGGCCAAGGAUUUGCAAGCAUGGAUAGACACUGUGAUCACAUGCACAGAAAUCAUGACUGUCAGACGGUCGUCCGAGAAGUUGACUUUUUCGCCGAUCGGGAAUUUGAGAAUUUCCUUGCAAAAAUCGAAAAGGCAACACUCGGAAAAGAGCACGAUGACCUGUUACGGAAAAAGUCAAGAACUGGGUCUUCUCAAGUGUUCGUCUGCAACUACAUGUCGAAGGGUCGACAGAAAAAUGCGGAACUUGUGGAAGUAGGAAUAGCUGGUGCUGCUGAACGUCCACAGACAGUUUGCUCGGCAUUUGUGCAGAAAGUUCACAGCUACGAAUGCAUUCGUGUCAGAUACUGUGAUCAGCAUAUUCAUUACGAUGGCAACAUAGGAUUCCGUGUUCCACUCGCAAUUAUGUUGAGUUUAGAGGCUGAGCAAUUGCUGGUGCACCCAACUAGAUUUGAAGAAAAACUCAAGAAUCUGUCUCAUGUUGAAAUCGUAGAACUUCUCGGAAUUAUUAAUGCUUCGCUGAGGAAAAGGCAUGAAACUGAACGAACUGUUCGAGUUCCAAUCAAAUUUGGAACACUCAAAUCAAGUGAAGGAUCUCAAACUUUGAUCGUGACACGUGUGGAUGUUCCCAAAAAAGAAUCUCGCAGAGAUCUCUCUGAUGAACCGUCAACUAGUGCUGGACCUAUGGUCUAUUCCGAUGAUGAUGAGCCUGUUGUUGGAGAAGGUUGCGACGGAUUUAUGGAAGAAAAUUUCUUAUACGACCCGCAAAACGAUCGUGAUCCACUUCUCGAAGAGCUCACUGAGACUGAACUGGGAGUACUUGAAGCGUAUGAGCGUGAUAUCGACGCCCAAUUGACUGAGGAGCAAAAGAAAGAGCGUAUUCGUCAGAAAACCAAGUUUUCUCUCUCCAAAGUUAUUGGAACUUAUCAAUCCCUAGACACUGCAACGCAUGGACUUGCAGUUGGCGACCUCCAUAAAGAAACCUUAACUCAGCUUCGUGAAAUGGCUAGCUACGUUGUCGAAAUUUGCUGCCAGCUCGACGCAGAAGUCAAGGCACAAUACAAUCCUGAUCUUCGCGUGGAUGACAUUAAAAGAGAUAUGAUUGCCGGAAUCGCUCAUCACGAAAGACACAGCCAACCAGAACGUCGCCAGAGAAGAAUUUUAACAUCAACAAGCCAAGGGGUGUCACCAUUAAAAGGAUUUCGCUCUACUCCUGCUCGUACUCAUCAAGAGUACUCUGAACGUAUUCUGGGCAAGCCUCCUCAGCAACCAAGUGCAUCGUUUGAUAUGACUCAGCAGCAACGACUUCGACUCCUUCGCGAGGAGACUCUUCGAAACGCAGCUGAAGCUGGAAGUAUUAAUCCGGAAGAAGAAAAACCAUUGCCAAUUAUGGCUCCAGUACCCGAUGAGUUCAAGGCUGCUCCGUGGAUUAAACCUGUGCGAAAAAGACAGUCAGGUCCGGGUGGUCCUUCGAAAAAACGUGGUCGGCCUGCAGCAAAGAAAGCUGGAGAAGCCGAAGACGACGCACAGAUAGAUGUUUCUGUAGAAGUCACUCAACAAGAAGGCGUCGAAAAGGAUUCAGAAGGUGCUGCCAUUCAAUCUGAGCCUUCUGAGAUUGUGGUGCCUGAAACCGCUUCCACCGCGUCCACCGCUCCUUCCGAGUAUGAUAAACCGUCUCAAAAAGAACCAGCAGUAACGACUGAAAAAGAAACAACUGAGACUCAGGAACCAAAAGACGAGGACGAUGAAGAAGAACCGUCUACACCAUUGGUCCUACCAACCACAACUCGCACAGGACGUGUUGUAAAGCCCAAAAAAUGGGAGGAUGAUUGA